AUCCGUCGUGCUAGGGUUUGAAGAGUAUUCACUUAAAUACAACAGAAUAUCGCGAAUUCGUGGAAAUUUUCAAUUCGGUAACUGCGGAAUCGAAACAUAUCGAGAGUAUCGUCCUAGAGGUUACGGUAAUCUUCUCAGUGCUUUUGAGUUUUCAAUUGCUUAUACCGGUGACGGUGAAUUGUUAAGCAAUUGAGAAUGGGAGGGCAUGGUGGUUUGAAUAUUCUCCCUCAGAAACGUUGGAACGUUUACAAUUUCGACAACAGAGAGAAAGUCCGUCGCGACGAGGAGGAGGCAGCCAGAGAAGAGCAAUUAAAGCGCGAACAGGCGCGAAAACGCGAUACCGAGUUUCGUCUCGAGCGUCUUCGUGUCGCUCGAGGUUUGGCUCCGUUGAUUCCUCAGCAGGCGGAGACGGAGACGGAGGCAACGAAGCCUCAUGAACCGGAACCGGAAACGGAACCUAAGUCUGGUCACAUCAACCUUUUCGAAGGAAUCAAGAUUUUUGACCCGAUUCGAGUACCUAGGAAAGACGGUGUGGCAGAAAUAGAUGGUCCGAAGAGGAAGAAGAUGAAGAAAGAGGAUGGAAGUUCCACCAGCGUUGUUGUGGCUCCGGAGGAUGAGAAAUAUAGGUUAGGUUAUGGUGUUGCUGGGAAGGGGGUUCAGUUGCCUUGGUAUCUUCGGAAACCGAAUGACAAUGGUAAUGAUGAUGUUGGUAAUGAUGAGAGGAGUGGCGGUGAUGGGGGAGAUAAGAAGGGUGAGAAAAAGAAGAAGACAUUGGAAGAAUUGAGGGAAGAAAGGCUGAAAAGGGAGAGGCGUGAGAAGGACAGAGAGAGAGCCUUGAGACACGAGAAGAGGCAAAGUCACGGAGAUGUUUAUGGCAGUAGAAGAUUCUCCAGGCGAUGAUUGAGAGAAGUGUUCUGGAUUUCCUUAACAAUGUGUUCUCCAUAUAUUGUUACAAAUCGUGUUCUCCGUGGAUUUUUCCUUCCUAGUAUGGGAUCGUGCUGGCUUCAUUCUUGAGAAUUUUAUAGCAAAUUCGUAAGCAGCUUCUCCCAACUCAUCUGCCCCCCUCUCCCCUUUCAAGAAUAUAGAUGACCAAGUGAACUACGGAUUUUGAGUAAUGGACAGAUCCGCCAAGCUUGUACCUGUAAUUAGUUUUAAGUCCUUCCUGUCCAGUAACAUAAUCAAAAUUAAAUUGCUUUACCUAAAGAAAAAAAAAUUGUAACUAUUUUUGGUUUGAAUUUCUUAAGUUGUACCGGUAGAAUUAAAUGCUGAGCUAAGUUUAGUCAUUACCCUUUAUCUG